AUGUCGCAAUCCUCUGUCGAAACGUCCUCACCGCCCCAGUCCAAAUCUCAGUCCAUAGAUCUAGCCCCCCAAAGAGUCGCAGGCCACGACUCCCUUCCAUUAGCCGAAGAGCCUAAAUCUCAAUUGGACACCUUGAUCUCGUAUCUCGUCGCUGCCAAACGGUCCUUAUCAUCCAUAUACCAUGUGUCUCGCGCCGACGAAAUAGUUAAUACAGCCCGUAAUGCCUUGGAGGAAAGCGUUGUACUGUCUGCCAAAACAGGUUUUCUCAGACGGGGCCAGAAAAAUCAGAUUCGAUUAUUAUAUAAUGUCCGGGGUGGAAUUGGGAAUAUUUCCCAUCGGGGGCGUGCUGAGUUUGCCGCCGUGCUGACAGAGCUCGAUGAAGUCGACGAACGUUUACGUCAAACUCUUGACAAGCUACGUCAGACAGUUGUCCACCCUUCCUUCCGUCCAGAAGGCGAAGUGCCGAAAAGCCUUCAUGAUUUUGUGGAUGAACGCGGUGUAGAGGAACUACAAAUAAUUUUAAAAGCAGCCAUAGACCGAACUACUGCGGCUCAAUCUCAGCUUGAUUCUUCUAGCUCGAGUUUUGAUGAGGAACUACGUGCCCUACAACAUGCCUUGGGCAGAUAUCGUACUACAAUGGAGCUGACCUCUUCACGCUCCUCACUGUCAGCGUCUUCCACAGCCGCAUCCAGUCCUGCAUUAGUGUCUCCAUCGGCCAUACCACCCAUGCUACGAUCAUUAGAGUCUCAUGCCCAGGAGAUGGCAGACCUACUUGAGUCUUUGGUACAUCAUUUUGAUAGAUGUGUGACCGCCGUAAAGCAUACAGAAGGCGGCGGGGCGGUCGCGCGUUCUAUCACAGGAGACAUGCCUCAGGGACUCCAUGUUCCCCACGCGGAAGAAACAGCAGACGACGCUGAUCUCAAUGCGAAUGACACUGUUGACCCAAUGACGGACUCGGACUAUGAAGAUAUGUUAGGCGUCCUUACAAAGGAUGCUGCCGAGGCAGAGGAUGUCGUUCUCGAGAUUCAGGAACGCAGUAGCGAGAUGGAAACUAUCCUGGAGAGCAUUCUUGCACAUCGAGAUUCCGUUAUCACAGUAUAUAAUGCCACAACAGAGGUAUUCGAUCAUCUUUCCACACUUGCGACUAGCCGUCUGCCCGAAUUCCUCUCCCAAGCACACGCCUUCACGCAUAUCUGGAAUGAAGAGCACGAGCGCAUACGAACUGGCAUGGCAGAUCUUGCUGAUUUGCGAUCCCUAUAUGUUGGGUUCCUCGAUGCGUAUGAUGGUCUUAUACUUGAAGUAUCGCGCCGGAAACAUAUGCGCCAGGGCAUUGAGCGUGUCUUGCGAGAGACCCGUAUCAAGCUUGACCAACUAUAUGAGGAGGAUAUCAAUGCCCGAGAAGCGUUCAGGGUCGAACAGGGAGACUAUCUUCCGUCAGACAUAUGGCCUGGCCUUAGCCGCGCUCCGAUGAGAAUCAAAUUCUCUAAGUUAUCUGGCGGUAAAUUGCCAGCUGUGACAGGCCAGGAUGACGCCGAUGAAGCUCCUGUUGAGGGGACUGCUAUUGAUGAUGAAGAAUCAAUAGAUGGCGGUGACUAUAUACCUGAUCUACCGAAGCAUAUUGUCGAGGAGGCUAUAAGCCGGUUGAAAGCCCGAGCCAAGGAGGAUGGUCUUGAAUGA